AUUUCAUGUAAAUGUCCAUUUAAUAUGGCAUUUUUCUUUGGAUUGUACUGCAAAUCGUAAACACAAAUAAAGUCUGCUGAGGAAACAGCACAAUUAUUGUCAUGAUUAUUUUUCCCUAUUUUCAGACCAAAUUCAGGUUGUAACAAAAAUCUACACAAGUUACUGCCCAUUUACCAUUUAAAUACGGGUACUGCAGUAUGUAUGAAUUGUAAUAUGCAACUAUGCAUAAUACUUUCACAGAAGAGGCCACCUUGUGUAAUCCAGUUAAGGACUUAGCAGCAUGUUCCAUAUUUACUGCUGUUUGUGACGGUGAUAACAUUCUGUUUACCUUGCCGUGUGUCAUCACCUGCAAUAAGUUUACAAUCUUUAGUUUUUAAACACCCGUGAUUUAGCUUUGGUAAAAUUUCAUUAUUAAGUUUGUAAAAAGAAUGCAUCAUUUUUGGUAGACAAUAUCCAGAUGUUAUAUGAUCGAAUGUUCUGUAAUCUAAUCAAAUUUAAAUGUGUCAGGAUACUGUUUUUAGGACAAUUGAUUAAUUUGAAAAUAGGGUACUGGAGGAGUCAAAAUGUAAUUUUCUUUUCCUUCAACAUUCAGAACGAGAAGAAUCAACAAACCAAUGAAUCCAUCCAUUCAUUUUCUAUUUCACGUGUCCUCACUUAUAUCACAGUGAGCUGGAGCUGGAGCUGCCACCAGCCAAUCGCAGGGCGUGUAUAGAUAAGAACAAUUUUUCACACACAUCUAUGUACAAUUUAGAGUCUCAAUUCACCUCACAUGCGUGUUUUUGGAAAGUCAGAACAAACCGAAGUAGUGCAGAAAACCCACACAAGCAUGGGGAGAACAUGCUAUCCCCACACGGGAAGGCAGGCACCCAAAUUUGAACCCCCACCCUCAGGAUUAUGAGGCAGACGUCCUAUCCACAUGUCCACUGUGUAUAAACAAUGAAAAGCAGCAACUGUUUGUAGUUGCCAGAACAGAAAAAAAAAACUAAGGCACCAGUAGAAUUUUGCAACUCAUUAGCCCCAUACUACAAAAGGGAAACUUAAAUACUGUAGGGGGCCACCGUUUUCCAUCAGUGCUGCUGGGGGACCACAUUGAACCAUUGGAAAUAUGGACAAAAAUUCAAAAUGCAAGCGGAAUGCCAAAUACAUCCAUUUAAUGUAUUUUAUUUUUCACAUGAGAUUUCUCAAUUUUACAUACCACUACAUUCACCCAACAACAAAGGGUUUGAAGUAAACUACAAAAUAACCACGUACCAUGUACAUCAGCAAGGUACAAAGGGCUCUCUUGCAAAAAAAUAAAAAUAAAAAAAUAAAAAACAGUCAAGAAUGGCACAAAACUGUUGAACAGCAAACCAACAUUCGGUGUGGCAUGGCUCAGUGGGAGAGUGGCCGAACCCCCUUUUGCUCUUCAUGAAGUGUCAUCAGAUGGUAAAUGAGGAAACAGUGUAAAGUGCUUUUAGUACUAAACGUAGAAAAGUUCUCCUAUAUAAGUAACGCCCCACUCAGCUUUUUACUGUCAAUCAAACACAAAUACUUACUGUACAUGGUGAAAAUGCUGCUAUCUUACACAAUGGAAGUAAAAUCAUGAUAGGGGGCUUACCUUCAAAAUUGAGCAAUUAGACAAAAAUCUAAAUUUUCCCCUGGUUGGGGACCUCCUGCUGUAGGGUGUAGGUCCACUGUCCAAUACACUACUACUGUAUAUUCUACAACUAUAAUAAAAUGUUAAAUUGAGUCCUGCAAUCAGCAGUAAUAUUUACCGGAUACAGCUUGUGCUGCAUCAUGCUGCAUUGAAGCAGAAUUACUGGUGAGAAUGAGCAGCCUGUGUACAUGAAAAAUUAACAUGAAUGAACAGAUGAGGCACAUGUUGCAACACGGGUACACACUGUCCUCAAAUUCUGAAGAUAAUCCCUCAUGAUAAUAUCCCUGCCUCAGCUCUCUUUACGGCUUUGUGGAUGACCAUGAUAUAACGGGGACGGCACAAUGAAAGCACAGAACAGGGAGUGCAAAAAGAAAGAGAAAAUUACCUUUGUUUUGCAUCUUUUUCUUUUCAGGCCUUCGAGACUGCGUCGUCUUCUUCUGGAUUCAACCAAACCCCAAACUGACAUACAGGCUUCCAAGAUGAACACAUCAGCAGGAGAACAAGGAAACAAGGCCGCUCCUCCUAAAUUCAAAAAGAAGGAAACCAGACAGUUUAAGAGCAAGGCUCCCAAAGCUGGGCAGAAGGGGUUUGACAAUGAUGUUCCAGGGAUGGAGGUACUUGGGGACUCUGCAGUCAUCUGUCCCUGGGAGGCAUUUGGUGACAUAGAACUAAGCGACCUGGCUCAGUUUGGCAUUGUCUAGAAUCACAAAACUGCCUUCGACGACUGGCUGACUUGAGUAUAUCCAUAAAAGCAGCGAUACUGAACAGUGAAUUCAUAUCUGUGGGAGAAAUUGUGAAGCUCAGGUUCACACAGAGGUUUUCUUGUCACCACUCGCCAAAUUGGAUUUAUACUGCAUCUUUGCAUUUUCUGGAAAAACGUUCUCCACUUUCUGCUAUUCAAAUGUUACAUCUCUAUUUACAGUUUAUUUAUCUUACAAAUGUGCUUUUCAGUAGUUUUACUAAAUGAACAGAACAUCCCUCCAUACAAAAAAUCUAUAUACGCAAAUGGUCAUUUAGAGAAACCAAUUUUUAUUUUUGGAAAUGCUAAUUUGACAUUCCCGAAAUUAUAUCAUUUACAAUACAAACAGCAAAACCUCUUGGCAACAAUGUCAGACAAGAAAGUAUUUGUUAAUACUGGAAACUGUUGUUUCCAUUUCAUUUUCCCCUGAAAAUAAGAUUGUGGAGAUUACAAGUACCUGGUAACUAGCAAACAAGCAUUGCUUACCUGGAAAAAACACUUGUAUCAAUAAGGAUUGUACAUUUAAAUUAAAGAGGUAUCAAACCACUGG